UCCAAUUUGCAGAAGAAAUCGGCUCUCACAUCACAUCAUACCUCUUGAAAUAACAGUGUGUCUAAGUAUUUAUUUUGCAACAAAGUGUACCGUGUAACCUUUUUAUAUUCAUCCUUAGUGAUUUUGAAAUAUUCAAGCUAAAGUAUACUCGCUCAAUACAUUUGAAAAACACCAUGCCAUAUUCCACAGAGGAUCUUCGUAAGAAGCUUCAAGAAGAGCUCGAGCCAGUGCACCUCGAAGUCGUCGAUGAUUCGGACGGCUGCGGUGCUAAGUUUACUGUUCUUAUCGUAUCGGAAAAAUUCGAAGGCAAAUCUCUUCUUCAGAGACACAGAUUAGUCAACUCCACUUUGCAAGAAGAACUAAAAAGCAUACAUGCAUUUACACAGAAGACUUUGACUCCAGAGCAGUGGGAGGCGGAAUCGAAGCAGCAAGCGUAAAUACAUUUAAUUAUAAACAAAUAAACCAACCGAAUCUCGGUCAAAUGAUUAAAAAGACGAAGCCAUCAUUCAUAAGGACUGCAAUACACAAUAGUUUACUACAUUAUUCAUUGGGACGAGCAGUGGCAUGAAAAAGCACCAUAACGAAGCACGGGUAAGGGCUUCGUAAGGCAGCCUUAGUAAGCUACUUUGCUAAACCUCAUUUCAGUCGUGCAAACCUAUAAAUCUUUUCCUGUACCACAUACGUGGCAAUUAUAAUAUGUUAUUCGUAAAGUAGUUGUUGUCAUUAAUACAAUCAUCAAAAUGAGACGCGAAAUAAAUUUUCUUUUUUCUUUCCUCAUUGGUAUACUUAAAAGCCGAAAAGUAUCGUGUCAAUUGAAUCGCACAUAAGUAUACAUAAACAUAUCUGAGCAAAUAUUUUUUAUCAAGCAACGACUCGCAUGUUUACACAACGCUGAUUAAAAUGUUUUUGAGUUCUUUUUGUAUAAAUUCUGAUUGUAAUCGGCUGACGUUCUUUGAUUAAAAAUUCAAUAAGCUUUAAUUUUCGAUGAUUGUUGCUGCGCCGUCCAGACUCCGAAUAAAAAGUAUGUCAUUCCAAUUUAUCUCUUUUACCGUCGUAUACAUCGUCGUCGCGCGGAGAAAGUAAAAAAAAAAAAAAAAAAAAAAA